AUGAAGUUUGUUUAUGUGUUGGCUGGCUGGGAAGGUUCAGCGUCAGAUGGUAGAGUGCUGAGAGAUGCAAUGGAUAGAGAUGACUCUUUCAAAGUUCCAAAUGGAAAAUACUACCUAGUAGAUGCUGGAUACACGAAUGGUCCAGGCUUCUUCGCUCCAUUUAGGAAUACAAGGUAUCACUUGAAAGAGUGGGCUGCCAAUGGGAAUAAUCCAGAAACUCCACAAGAGCUCUAUAACCUGCGGCAUGCAAUUGCUAGGAACGUAAUUGAGAGGAUUUGGGCUCUUAUAAAGAUGAGAUGGGCUACUCUAAGGGCUAGUUCAUUUUUUGGAAUAAAAAAUCAGAUUCGAGUAAUCAAUGCUUGUUGCAUAUUGCAUAACUUCCUAGCUGAUAGGCAAAGAGAGAUGGAUGAUGUGAUGUUGCAAGCGGUAGAUAAUCAGCUAAAUAAUGUCGUCAUUGAUGUGGAUGAACCCGACAUGAUUACCCACAUUGAGAUGACGAAUGAGUGGAACAACAGGAGAUUGACCCUAGCUAAUCAGAUGUGGGCUGAUUAUCAAGCUAGGCAUGGACAAGCUUGA